AUGUACUCAAUUCAGAAGUCUGCCCACUGUGGUUCAACGGGAGCAAGAAAGGAGGAUGGUGUGGAAGAUAUGACACAGCUAGAGGAGAUGCAUGAAGGAGCAGUUCUGCUUAACCUGAGGACAAGGUUCGAGAGAAACCUUAUUUAUACGUACAUAGGUAGUAUUCUGGUGUCUGUGAACCCUUACAGGAUGUACAACAUCUAUGGGACGGACUUGGUGAUGCUGUACAAGGGUUGCGCUCUGGGAGAGAACCCUCCGCAUUUGUUUGCCAUAGCAAAUGCUGCUUAUUCCAAAAUGAUGGAUGCCAAACACAACCAGGUCAUAAUAAUCAGUGGGGAGAGCGGGUCUGGAAAAACAGAGGCUACCAAACUUGUCCUUCGCUACCUAACAGCAAUACAUCACAAAUCUAAUCUUGCACAACAGAUUGAGAUACUCGAGGCAGCUCCUCUGCUGGAAUCUUUUGGAAAUGCCAAAACUGUGCGGAAUGAUAAUUCCAGUCGCUUCGGGAAAUACAUAGAGGUCUUUCUGGACGAUGGUGUGAUCAGCGGUGCCAUAACCUCUCAGUAUCUACUGGAAAAGUCCCGUAUUGUCUUUCAGGCCAAAGAUGAGAGGAACUAUCACAUCUUCUACGAGAUGCUGGCAGGUCUUCCUUUGCAGCAGAAGCAGGCUUUAUAUCUACAAGAUGCUGAAACCUACUAUUACCUCAACCAGGGAGGGAAUUGUGGGAUAACAGGAAAGAGUGAUUCAGAGGACUUCCUACGUCUUUGUUCUGCCAUGGAAAUCCUUCAUUUCACCCCAGCCGAUCAGUCGGCCAUCUUUAGAGUUCUCUCUUCCAUACUCCACCUGGGCAACGUCUACUUUCAGAGGCAUGAGGCUGAUGGCCAGGAGGUGGCCUCAGUGGUAAGUGCUCAGGAGAUCAGAGUGGUGGCAGAGCUGCUGCAGAUCUCUCCAGAGGGACUACAGAAAGCCAUCACCUACAAAGUCACAGAGACGAUGAGGGACAAAAUCUACACCCCUCUGACUGUAGAAAGUGCUGUUGAUGCCAGAGAUGCUGUUGCCAAGAUCCUGUACUCGCUGCUCUUCCAUUGGUUAACAGAAAGGAUCAACACUCAGGUGUACCCUCACCAACACACUCUCUCCAUCUCUAUCCUGGACAUUUACGGAUUUGAGGAUCUGGCCUUCAACAGCUUUGAGCAGCUUUGCAUUAAUUAUGCAAAUGAGUACCUGCAAUUCUUCUUCAACAGGAUCGUGUUCAGAGAAGAACAGGAGGAGUACAGCAGGGAACAGAUCCCGUGGCAGGACAUCACAUUUAGUGACAACCAGCCAUGCAUUGACCUCAUUGCCGCUAAGCCUCAUGGGAUAUUGAGAAUUCUGGAUGACCAGAGCUGUUUCCCUCAGGCAACAGACCACACUUUCCUCCAAAAGUGUCACUAUCACCAUGGCAACAGCCCACUCUAUGAGAAGCCAAAGAUGCCCCUCCCAGAGUUUACUCUCAAGCAUUUUGCUGGUCAAGUCACCUACCAGGUUUACAAGUUCCUUGAUAAGAACUACGAUCAGGUCCGACAGGAUGUCCUGGACUUGUUCAUUCAGAGCAAGAACAAGAUGGUGUCAAACCUCUUCCUGGUUCAUGCAGAGGUCAUGGGUCAGCAGAGAGGAGGUCACAGGAGGAAGAGCAGCACAGUCACCAGAAAAUACCAGGCUUCGACCGUCAGCAGCAAGUUCCAACAGUCACUGCUAGAACUGGUGGAGAAGAUGGAGAGGUGCAACCCUUUCUUUGUUCGCUGUAUUAAGCCAAAUAAUAUGAAGCAACCAGGUGUGUUCGAGGGUGACCUGGUCAGCAGCCAGCUACGACACUCUGGUGUCCUGGAGACCAUUAGGAUCCGAAGGGAGGGAUAUCCAAUCAGAAUGCCAUUUUUUGCCUUCCUGUUCAGGUAUAAGUCCUUGGUGGGGAUACAGCAGCUCCCAGCAGCAACUGCAGAGAACUGUGUGAUAUUGCUCAGCAAACUCUGUCCACUCCGUCCAGGAAUUUUCCAUGUUGGAGUCACAAAGCUGUUUCUAAAGGAGGACAUCUACCAGUUGUUGGAGUGUAAACGAGAACGAUCCCGACAGCUUGCUGCUCUCACCCUGCAGCGUUACACUCGCAUGUUCUUCGUCAGGAAACGCUACGUUGAGUUCCGCAUGAGAAUCAUCAGAUUUCAGGCACAUUGCAGAGGCUUUAUUGUUAGGAAGCAGUAUGUGAAAAUGAGGAAGUGUCUGGUCCAAUUUCGCUCUCUUGUCCACAUGUAUGUCAACCGCAAACAGUACAUCAAGAGGAAGUUUGAAGCUCGAAGGCGAGUUGAAGAGGAGAUAAGGAGGAGAGAGAUGGAGCUGACGAAGAGGGAGGUGGUUAAUGUCACACACUUGGUGAUUCCUGCAGAACUGGGUGCUUUGCUGCAGACAGCAGGAGUCAGGAGGGAGCUGCACUCAGACUGUCUGGCUCUGCUUCAGGCUCCUCACAUCCAGGAAGAGGCUCAGCUCCCUCUGCCCCUGGACAUUAAUAACUACCCGUUCUACCGCUAUGUUCAGAUCCACUUCAGGGAACCAAAGUUUGGGAUGCUGAUGGCCCCUCUGGAGUCACCUCUGACCCGGGUGGAGGAGGACCUGAAAGGAGAGGCUCUGGAGCUUUUCAUCAUGGGGCUUGUUGUCUCCGGGUUACGAGAUGAGAUCCUGGCUCAAGUUGUCAAUCAGGUGUGGAGGAACAUUAACAUAGACAACGCGAGAGGCUGGCUAUUGCUGCUGGAUGCGUUUGCAGUUUCUCCAUCACCCAAGAUGGACAAAUACCUGCUCAAGUUUGUGUCAGCAAGCCCUGCUGGUUGUCAGGCAUUGCUGCAACACAGACUCAUCCAAGGCAGCAGAAGAUGCAGUAGGCUCAGGCUCAGCCCUGAGACUGCACGGACCUAUCCACUGUCACUGCUGGAGUGGACAGCCAAUAGGAAGAAGGAUAUGGUGUUGCAUGUGCACUGCUUUGAUGGAAAACACAAAAUUUUAAACCCAUUUUUGUCAAAAACGAUAGACAAUGGGUUAGACCACACUGCUUCCAAACCCUUCAUAUAUUGUAUGUACAUAUACAUAUAUGUGUGUGUUUCUGUGUUGCAGGCCCAGCAGAUGACCAUGCAGGCCAUUGCAAUCCAGCAGCAGAUGUUAUCAUCUUUCCCUCCUGUUGCUCCAGCCCCUCAGUCACCCCCCUCACAUCAUCACACACACUCAGCACAACGCUCACACACACCCAGUCCUACUAAAGAUAGCGAGGAGUCAUCACACAGGUCCGGCUCUGCUUCUAUUCACCGCCAAGCAAGUCCAACACGUGGCCCCCCUUCUGAGGAUGUGAUCCGAUCCAGUGUGAGUAACACUGAGCGGAUUGAGCCCAGCCACGACAUUAAAGACAUCAUCAAACAGCAUCAACCUGCUGCAGGCACCACAUCCUCUUCUGGAUCUCCCACACAAAAGAGAAGUGACGGAAAGAUGUUUGCAAAGAAGCCAGAUCCUCAUGAUGAAGCUAUGGAGAUCCUUAAAGAUCAGAUGGCAAACCCACCACAACCGACUCAGAGAAAGCCUCAGUCAUCCCAACUUAAAGAAGAUGGAGGAGUAAAGGUUACCAAGACAACCAAGUCUCGUGCUGCAGGGCUAACCAGCUCCAACAUAAGCCCUGCCCCUCCCCCAGUCUCUAGAGAUUUGCCAGUCGAGGAGGAGAUCAUUCAGACUCAACUGCACAGCAGAACCAGCGAUGAAUAUUACACUUAUUCCAAUGUUCCAUGGAAACUCUACAUGAGGAAAGAGGUUUUCUAUCCCAAAGAAACCUUCAACAAUCCACUGGUCCUGGACUUGAUCUUCAGACAGGUUGUACAUGACACCUUCUCUGAGGCUUGUGUCCGUAUCACCCAGGAGGAGAGACAGAAGAUGAAAGCUCUGUUUGUGGAGAACAAAGUGGAUCAAAUUUCAGAAACACAUGAUGAAAACAUAAAGAAGAAAGUGGUGUCCAUGGCCAGAGACUCAUGGGAGAUUUACUUCUCCCGCCUCUUCCCAGCCUCGGGCAGUGUGGGGACAGGAGUGCAGGUGUUGUCUGUGUCUCAUAAAGGUAUUAAACUGCUGAAGAUGGUGAAGAGUAGCUCUACAGCUUCAGACUACUUCAGAGUGUUGAGGCCUUACAGCUACUCGGACAUCCUGUUUGUGUCUAUUCCAUCUAAGAACAUGCUGGAGUUCAACCUGACCAAUGAGAAGCUGAUCCUGUUCUCUGCCAAGGCCCCGCAGGUCAAACAUAUGAUCGACUACUUCCUCACAGAGCUCAAGAAGGACUCAGAGUAUGUGGUGGCGGUGAGGAAUUACAUCACAGAGGACAGAACUCUGCUCAACUUCCACAAAGGGGACAUCAUCAAAGUGCAGCACAUGGAUGGACUGGAAGCCAGCAGACGUUAUGGCUGCAUUGUUAGGAAGAAGGUUGUGCUUCUGGAGGAGCUAAAGAGAGACACUCCGGAGUUUGGCUGGCGGUUCGGGGCCGUGUAUGGAAAGUCAGGGGUGUUUCCCAGCGAGUACGUUCGUCCUGUGGCUGCUCCAGACUUCCUGGUUCUGCCUGCUGAUCGCCUGGAGCCUCGAGACCGGCAGGGACGGGUUGCUGCCUCAGCAGCUGUUGCCGUAGCGAUGGGCUCAGCUGCAGCUGCUCAUGAGCUCGACCUCUCCACUGAGGUAGUAAAUGAGAUGUAUGGGGACAGCCUGAGCGUUGAAAUGAACGAUCCGCCUCUGCUCAGCAGCCAGUACCAAAUGUCUGAGUUUUCCAAGAAGUACUUCAGGGAAGCACAGAAGAACAGGAGUGAUCAGAAAGCCAAAAAGGGGAAGGAGGGCAGGGACCCUGUUGACAUGGUCAAAUUCUCCAAGGCUCCAAUCCAGGAGUCUCUGAUUGACUUCUCAGACAGCAGGAUGAACAGAGUGGCUGCUGACAUCUUCUUAGCUGUAAUGAAGUUUAUGGGAGAUUUCCCACUGAAAGGCCUAACUGAACAGGACCUUGUCACCUCUAUUUUGAGGCUAAGUGGCGAACACGGCCUGAUGAAAGAUGAAGCCUACUGCCAAGUGAUGAAGCAAGUGACUGCCAAUACCAGCUCCAAACAGGACAGUUGUCAGAGAGGAUGGAGGCUGAUGUACAUCCUCACAGCUUUCCAUCGCUGCUCUGAUGUCAUGAAGCCAUUUCUACUAAAGUUUCUGCAGGAUACCAGUGACAGUCCUGGGCAGCAGUAUCAAGGUAUCGCCAAGGCAUGUGAGCAGAAUCUGAGGAGGACAUUUCAAUAUGGUGGCCGUGUGCAGUAUCCCAACAGCAUGGAGCUGAAAGCUAUGCUGGCUGGGCGGAGCUCCAAGAGGCAGCUGUUCCUGCUCCCAGGUGGGAUUGAGCGGCAUUUGAAAAUCAAGACCUGCUCUGUUGCUUUGGAUGUGAUUGAGGAGCUAUGCCAAGAAAUGGAACUGCACAGGUUGGAGGCGUUGGAUGAAUAUGCUGUCUUUUUGGUCACACACAGAGGUCAGAAUGUGCGUCCCUUGAACAAGCGUGAGUACAUCCUGGACAUUGCUACAGAAGCAGAGCCGGUGGACGCCAACUACAGUCUUUGGUUUAGAAGAGUCAUAUGGAGUUUGGCUCUCAAGCUUGACAAUGAGCUCUAUGUCACCAUGCACUACAACCAGGUGUUGCCAGACUACCUGAAAGCUUUGCUAAGUGUGGUUCCUCAGGGUAAGGCCAGCGAACAGCAUCUACAGCAGCUCGCCAGGCUGGCUGCCCUACAGCACCGUGCCAAGGACACCAUCUACCUGCCCACCAUCCGCGAGGUGCAGGAGAGUGUCCCCCCGCAGUUCUACAGCAAACAGGGUUCACAGCAUUGGCUGAACAUGACAACUCAACACAUGCAGCAGGUCCAGCCCUUAAACCCACACCAGGCCCGUGCACAGUUUCUGGGUCUGGUCAGUGCCUUCCCCAUGUUCGGCUCCUCUUUCUUCUACAUCCAGAGUUCCAGCUCUGUCUCUAUUCAGGCCCCCUGCAUCCUGGCUGUUAAUCUGAACGGACUCCAUUUUCUUAACAAGGAUACUCAUGAGGCCAUGAUGCGUUUCCCUCUGAAGGAGGUUCAGUCAACUCGCACCCAGAGACCAACUUCAGGCUCCAGCUACCCAUAUGUGGACAUCAUGAUAGGAGACCUGCUCAACCAGCACAUCACUCAGCUGCAGCUGGAACAGGGACUGGAGCUGUGUCGAGUCAUUGCCAUGCACAUGGAGAACAUGUUGUCAGUCCGAGAAAAGAGACUCACUUUGCCACCGAGCGAAAUCACCCUGCUAUAGCACAGAGAUGCAGACUCAUGCACAUAGAAAUCACAGUUUAGGCCUUAUAAAUGUACUCUAGCUACCUCUAUUUGUAAAAUGGAAUAUUUUGAUAUACAAAGGCAAUGUUCAUGUGAAGUGAUGAAUGAAUGGUAAGGAUGCUGAUAACAGGUGGGUCAAUUGGGCUUAAAAUUACAUAAAUAUUUUUCAUAAUCAAUCCAUUUCUUGAUAGUACUACGGUUGCAGUUUACAGAUAAAUGUCAAUGUCUCUUUUAUUGCAGUGUUAGUAGAAACAGUCAGAUUUAACUAAAAUAAUGUUUAUAGUUUGACAUUCUUAUCCAGAACUAUUUAAGGUCUUGUCCACCGUGGCAACUUGCUAAUACAGCAGCUAAAAAGGGACACUUUAAGGUCUCCUUCAUUAUACAUCCCCUACUUCAGAAAAAUAGUAUGAUUUAAUUAACUUUGACCCGAGGGCAACAUUAAUUUAAAACAGAUGUGGCCUUGCAUGAAACACAGGUAGGAAAUCCUACUGUAGCUGGUGCCACCAACUGUUUCCCAGACACAGAACUGUGCAUAAUAAUAAAAAAACAAUCAUACUGCUGUAACCUCACUUUACUCUUAACAAUAAUGAAUGCUUGCAAUUUGGUAUGAUAAAUCCUUUUUCAUUAGACAUGCAAAGAUAGUAUCCAUAAAUUAUUUAUGAAUUCAUGUUUUUUUUCCCCUUUUCAGCUUUCAUUUCCAUGUAAAAUGAAAACAAGAGAGGACACCCACUAACUGAAUACAUCUUUUAUUCACCCCUUUGCCAUAAAAUUAAAGGCAAAGUCCCCCAUAGGGAAAGAUAUUGCAGCACAUAAAGUUGAAUGUCACAUCAUUGAACAGUUUGCAUGCAAGUUAAAUUAUUUAUUUAUAUAAUACAUAUUUUUUCGUAAAUAGCUGUGAUACAUAGCUUAAUGCAUGUGAAUAAUGUUGUACAUUAAAAUUUGUAUUAUACUAUA